CAGUGCCCUCUCUCUCUCUUUUCCAUUCCACAAAUUCCUCAGCCUCGCUCUCUCGCUCUAGUUUGAAAUAUUACCAUUUUGUCGCUGUGAAGAUCUCCACUUCUCUUGGAAUCGACUUGGUAACUGAUUCAUUGCUUUUGUGGUUGUUUAGUAGAUGAUGGGGUGGAAUAGUUGAGACGAAUAAGUUCUGCCACUUGGAUUGUCAAUUCAAUUCUUAUGCUCUGGACUCAGGAAAUAUGUCAACCAGAACUGUGGGAAGGGUCUCACGUCAAGAUAUACAAUUUGUGCGAAGUCUUAUAGAGCGAUGCCUUCAGCUUGAUAUGAACCGAAAAGAAGUUGUGGAAACCCUUCUGAAUCAUGAAAAAAUUGACCCCGGUUUCACAGAACAUGUGUGGCAGAAGCUUGAAGAGGAGAAUCAAGAAUUCUUCAAUGCAUAUUAUCUGAGAUUGAUGAUGAAAAGCCAGAUUAUUGAAUUCAACCGGUUGCUUGAACAGCAGGCAAGAAUGAUGCACCAGAUACAUCCUUGUGCGGUGACUGCAUUAUCUAGUUCUAAUGGAUCCCACGUCCAACCUAUACACCAGAGCUGCUACGCACUAGAGCAUACAGGACCUGCUUUGAAACAAGAUGACACAGACCACCCUGUUGGUGUCAGCUUAGGCAAUGUUUAUACUAAUGGUACCCAACCUGUUCACUCAACUAUCCACACCACCGUGGAUUUGCCUUCUCAUGCCAGGAAUGAUGCUGCACCUCAGAGUUCAAAUGUUGGUUUGUUUCAAGGAAUGAAUGGAGGAAUUAUCAAAGUAGAAACUGGAUAUUCAAACAGUCCUCCGUACAUGUUUGGAACAGAGGACAAUGUCCUUGAUGCACGCCAAUCAAUUGGGAACGCGUCGGUUGCAUCGUUUGCUAGUGUUGAUUCCAACACAUCAUCCUUCAAUGAAUCACUUCUUGAUACGGAUCCUUCUUCAUUUGGGUUCAUUAAUCAAAUUACUAGGAAUUUUAGUCUCUCAGAUCUGACAGCAGACUUUUCUCAGGGUUCAGAUAUACUAGAGAGCUAUGCCAGAUGCCCCUUUUUACCAACAGAGGCUGUUAACAUCAUUGAUACUCAUGAGAAUGGAGACCGUCUUGAUAGUAAACGGUUGGACAAUGUAUCAGAAAGCUUGAGCUUCGAAGAUUCAAGACACAAUUAGCUGAUCAGAUGAUUGUACAUACUGGAGAGGCAUUCAGAUUGGCGCCGGAUACGGGAUUUUCGUUUAGAACACAGGCCCCAAAUCACCUUAGCAGGUUAGCAUGUAGAAUGAAGAUAAUGCAUCACAGUGAUUCUGAAAACAAUUUUAGCUUUCAAGUGAUUUAAUUCUGAAACUGAUCUUUAAUGUUUGAUGUUUUGCUUGAUGAUUACGGUAUUGGAAGUGAUUGUAAUGAUGUGAUGAUGUUUAUGAUGAGUGUAGAUUGUAAGAGUGAAAUACUGAAUGUUGGUUAGGUGGACCUUUGUGAUUCACUGCCAACGAAGGUGGCUUCACUGUAUUUUCUUUGAUUAAAGAAGCUAGUUGAGGUGAGUUUAUGCCUGGUAAGCAUCAAA